UGUUAAACUAUUGGCACAUUUCAGGACUGUUAGUCGGCUGGGUGUUGAACUGUUAGUUCGCUGUAGUUUAAGAAUGCUUUAUCCUUCUGUAGCAUAUUUUGGAACUGUUAGUUGGCUGGGUGUUAAACUGUUAACUUGGAAAUUGAAUAAAAAUAAGAGCAAUUUUUUUGAGUGUUUAGAGAAUCUGAAGAAAAUAAGAAAUGAUAAAACACUUCAACUGGUACAAAUCAAAAGUGAAGAAACUAUACAACUGGUUGAGAUAAAGAACUUCAAGAAAUGUUUAUUAGAUUUUGAUUAUGAUUCUGAUAGCUCUAUUGACGAAGCCGAAAAUUUAGAGGAUGAGACUUUCGAUCUUAACAAAUUUACAUUUGAUGGGGGCGAGACAGUUUCUAAAUCAACUUUAAAUCGAAAGAUAGAUUUGAGGGUACUGACUACUAAAGGCGAUAUAGAGUUAUCACAUUCAGAAUUUACACGCAAAGUAACACCAGUAAAAAUAAUCAAAGAUCGCAGUAAGUGUCUAAGAACUAAUAAGUGCAUAUUGGAUACCUAUCUUUUGCGUAACCUUUCUGAGGAAGCUGUUGAAAAUUCCACUUUUUAUGGAAUACAAUCAGCCAGUUUAGAAAGAUAA